AUGUGUGCUAGUCAAAUCUUUCAAGCACCAGCUCUACCAGGAGCGCAGCCUAUCGACGUUUCGGAUCGGAUUUACACAGCGGAUCAGACCUCUAACACCAUCACCGUCAUCAAGCCGUUCACCCAUGAAGUUCUGGGUACUAUUGCGUUGGGAAAACCUCGAAUGAGCGACAUACUCAAUCCACAAUAUCUUUCAGUCGUCAAUAGCCACGGUCUUGGGUUUUCCCCUGAUGGGCAAUACUUCAGCCAUAUUUCUACAACCACCAACACAGUCACCAUCAUCCGGACUCUUGAUAAUAGCAUCAUUUCUCAAACAACAGUCGACAGAGCAUCUCAUGAGUCAUUCUUUGCUCACGAUGGGAGAACCGUAUGGGUGGCCUGCCGAGGGACCAAGAAUGUCGUUCUUGUUGACGCACUGGAGGGAAAGAUAGUCGGUCGCAUCGAGACUGACUCUGGACCCAGCAAAGUACUAUUCAGUCCCGACGGACAAUAUGCUUAUGUAAACCAUAUUCAAAGCCCUGUCAUCAAAAUCAUCGAUGUCUCGAGUCAGAAAGUCAUCCAUGAAAUCUCAGGCUUGGCAGAUAAGUUUUCCUCAGAUAUGAUGAUAUCCGCAGAUGGUCUUCGCCUCUGGGCUGUUCACAAGAUGAUUGGACAAACAAGUGUCAUCGACUUGGAAAAACGAGCUAUUGUCACAUUUCUGGACACUGGCACAGAAAGCAACCAUCCAAAUUUUGCUGUUCUCGAUGGGAUAACCCAUACAUUUGUCACUGUUGCUGCGACGAACGAGACUCGAGUUUGGCGACAAGAUACUCCGGCUUUGGUUCCGGUCUUCGUUGGAUCUAUACCGUCGUCAGGGGUUCAGCCACAUGGUAUUUGGGGUAGCCCAGACAACACCCGGAUGUACACGGUGAAUGAACACAGUGAUACCGUGGACAUAAUCGACACAAGUUCAAUGGAGGUUGUCGACACGCUUCCUGUAGGCCAAGAGGGUCAAGCUUUAGUCUACGUUGCUAAUGCUGUCCCAUGGCCUGCCAAUGGGACAGAAUCUCUGGGAACUCAGGGCCUGGAAAAGAGUUGCGAAAAUCGUCUCAUAGAUGUUACAGGUUCGCCUGGAGGAACUGCCUUGUUCACUAUUCGUCAGAUAGAAGGUGUCGAUAUGUUACAAAUUGCGGGACGAUCGCUUGAGAUCAACCAAACGUAUGUGGCAACAGCUGUCUGUAACGCUUGUGGUGGCGAACGACUUAAGCUUGUGUCUUUUAAGGCGACGAUGCCCGUGCAAGGAAAUCCAGACUGUGCAGUCGCUCCGCAGGUUAUGAGUUUUCAGCCAUUUUUCGAGAAUUAUGAUCUUGAAAGCCUGGAUUUGUGGAAGGUUGAGGAGUAG